UUCCACACCAUUACCGUAAGGUCCAUAACUACAACGAGAAGAGAAUCAUUUUAAGGAGAAAGCAGAGAGAGAGAGACGAGAGUAGUGUGUGUGUGUUGUCUCUUGUUUCUUUUAUUACACCAAAUAGAUGAAACGAGGAAAGCUAGUACUUCCUUUGUUACAUCCAUAAACAGAUCUUUCCUUUCGCAGAGAAUCAAGUUUGAUCAUCUUCUUCUUUUUCUCGCAGCUCCUCCAUUAAUGCUUAUAAAGUCUCCUAUAUCUCUUUAUCUAUACACAACCGUGCUUCUCAGUUUAUACUUCUAUUAAUCUUCGUGAUUAGGCUUUUUAUUUAUCAACCCCAUCGACCACCGGAUAGCCACGGGCCGGAGAGAGAGGUGGAUUGAUCAGCUUGAUCUACGUGAGCCAUCGUGGAGAGCGAGAGAUAUGCGGAGGCGUCGAGGAGAUCAAGAGGGAGGCGGAAUCGUCGAAGAGAGCGCCGGAGACGCGGAAUCGUCGACGAGAUCGAGAGAGAGAGGCGGAUUCGUCUAGGGAGAUGCGGAAUCGUCAACCAGAGAGAGAGAGAGGCGACGAUUCCACCGAUAGAGACUUCGGUUGAUGCCGUCGACGAGGAGAUUUCAUCGUCGCGGAGAGAUCUCCGUUUCGCCUUCGGUGUCGCCUUGAGAGAAAGAGAGAAAAGGAGACACUAGUGAGAGAGAGAUAGAUUUUGCAUGAAUGACACGUUCCCCUUGAAACCCCGUCUCUUCCGUUCUAGAUUAAGCAACGUUUUUAACUUAAUUACCUAAUUUUUAUUUUUUUUAAACCAAAAAAAGCUAAAGACGCGGUAUAGCAUACCGCGAGAAAGAUGGUCUAAGUUUGUACUUUACAAUGAUUUGCUUUUUGUGUACUUAAUCAUCUUCAUCUCUCGUUGACUUCAUCAGUCUCCUCCCACCAAAGUAUAUAUAUCAAAAAUCAAAUCCCAGGAAAAAAUUCUUAUUUCUAUCACGGGUUGGCUUAUGUGGAAAUUAAACAAGGAGAAAGAGAUGGUGAGGGGAAAAACUCAGAUGAAGCGAAUAGAGAAUGCAACAAGCAGACAAGUCACUUUCUCUAAACGAAGGAAUGGUUUGUUGAAGAAAGCCUUUGAGCUCUCAGUGCUUUGUGAUGCUGAAGUUUCUCUGAUUAUCUUCUCUCCUAAGGGAAAACUUUAUGAGUUCGCCAGCUCCAAUAUGCAAGAUACCGUAGAUCGUUAUCUAAGGCACACCAAGGAUCGAGUCAGCAGCAAACCGGUUUCUGAAGAAAAUAUGCAGCAUUUCAAACAUGAAGCAGCAAACAUGAUGAAGAAAAUUGAACAACUUGAAGCGUCCAAACGUAAACUCUUGGGAGAAGGCAUAGGAACAUGCUCGAUUGAUGAGCUGCAGCAAAUUGAGCAACAACUCGAGAAAAGUGUCAAAUGUGUUCGAGCAAGAAAGAAUCAAGUGUUUAAGGAACAAAGUGAGCAGCUCAAGCAGAAGGAGAAAGCUCUAGCUGCAGAAAACGAGAAGCUCGCUGAAAAGUGGGGAUCUCUUGAAAUCGAAUUUUGGUCGAAUAAGAACCAAGAAAGUGGACGAGGUGGCGAGGACAGUAGCCCAAGUUUUGAAGUAGAGACACAAUUGUUCAUUGGGUUACCUUGUUAUUCAAGAAAGUGAAGCAGCUACUAUUCUAAGAACAACAAAAACAAACAAACAAACUAUCAAAAAAAAAAAAAACAAAACAAACAAAGCAAAAAAAAAACUAUAUGUAGAAACGGGUUAGCAGUGAGUGUAUAGGGACAAGUAACAAAACUCUUAAGCUGCUUCUCUUGUUAUCUUCUUUCUCUCUCUCACUCUCUUCUUCAAAACUGAACUGCCUGUGGUAUGUAUCUAUGUUCUCAUACGCUUGCCUUCUCUAGAAUCUAAUUAUGUUUAUUGUUCA